GGAAGUGUUCUGUCAUUCCAGUGCUGAUUGAGCAGGCUGCUGUUACUGUUGCAGUCUCUGUCACUGUUACAUCAGAGGUAUGGUUGUCAACUAGUACACCUGCUGAAGAUCUCUCUCCUCUUGGAUGCCACACAUGGACACAGUCGCAUUUGGACAGUAUGGGCUCCAGACUGAAACAAAACCCUGAGCGAACCUUCUACUGGUUCUUUGAAGCAACUUGCCCUGUAGCCAGAGACAAAGAUCCUGGAGUGCUGUUUCAGUUUCCAGAAGACUUCAGUGAUGAGGAGUCCUAUCAAACAUUGCCCAGGUUCUGCUUCCCGUAUGAUAUACAAAGAGUGAGAGAUGGGGUGGCUGUGCAGCACUUUACUUUUGUUCUAACUGACCUUGAGGGAUGCCAACGCUUUGGCUUUUGCCGUCUCACCAACAGCACACAUACCUGCCUUUGUAUUCUAAGCUAUCUUCCAUGGUUUGAAGUGUUUUACAAACUACUCAACAACUUGGCUGACUAUCUCUCAAAAGGGCAGACCAGUGAAAUGAAAGUGCUUUUGGCAUCACUCUACAACCAGCCCCUUCCACUGGCUGCUGGAUCCGUCACCCUGCAGAUGGGAGAGCAGGUUUUGGUCAGCACAGAAGUGUCCCAUCCUGUUGGACACUCAGAGGGACAAAAGGGGGUUCCAUACUUCAUCGCUCCAGACCCCAGAAGUCUUCCUUCCAUACCUGAAAAUAGGAACUUGACCGAGUUGAUUGUGGCAGUAGACGUGGGGAACCUGCUUCAGCUGUAUGCCAGUAUGCUGUUUGAGAGACGCAUCCUCAUCUUUGCCAGCAAACUCAGCACUCUGACAUCCUGUGUGCAUGCACUCAGCGCUGUGCUAUACCCCAUGUACUGGCAACACAUCUUCAUACCUGUCCUCCCACCACACUUACUGGACUACUGCUGUGCACCCAUGCCUUACCUAAUAGGGGUCCACACCAGUCUAUCUGAGAGGGUGAGGAGUCGUGGGUUGGAGGAAGUUGUUAUUCUGAAUGUGGAUACUAACACCCUGGAAACCCCUUUUGACGACCAUAAGAGGAUACCUUCAGAUGUGAUGUCCGGAUUGAAGAUGUGUUUGAAGCGCCAAGCGGUGUCACCUGGAUGUGGUGUCUCUCAGGCCUUCCUGAAGGCUCAGGCUCUGCUCUUUGGAGGCUACAGGGAUGCACUGCAGCCUAAUGAGGAAGGAGAAAUAUGUUUCUGCGAAAACCUGUUUUUAGAUCACAAAUCUCCGAGUAUGAAGCAGUUCCUUCAGAGUGCUGUUCAUUUGCAGUGCUUCAAACAGUUCAUUGAUGCUCGUUUGGAUAUUCUGAAUAAUAAAAAUGAACCAGAUGAUCUCUUUGAGGAGGAGAUUAUAAAGUGUGAAUCCACAGCAGGAAGAAGUAAAUCCUAUCAACAGUUAGUUGGUAAUUUAAAGAAAGGAGGAGGUGCUCUCAUCCUCAACAUGAAGUCCAAAGCAAACAUGAGAGCCAAAGUUCUUGCCAAGUCAGGUCUGAAAAACCUGCUGAUACAUAAGGUUAACGAUGAAGAGCACACCCUUCAGAGAGGUGGAUCGGUAUCACACCGCCGUGCCCAAUCUGACUGCCUGCAGAACCGCCUACCAAUCACACAGCACUUCGGGAGGUCACGUCCCCGUCGACCUGCUCAGAAGUCUAAGACUCAUAGAGACAAGGACAUCAUGAAAGACAGUGAAGAUGCAUGGGAUGGAGCUAUGUCUGGGUCCAGGACUGAGCCUGCCUCUGAGCUCCAGAAGGAUGAAGAAGAAGAAGAAGAUGAUGAUGAUGAUGAUGAUGAUGAUGAUGGUGAGGAGGACGAUGCACUGCUGUGUGAUGAAGAAGAGAUGGAUCUUCUUGGGGAGAUCUUUGAUACACUGAGCUCUCGUAGCUCCCAUGACCGUGGCCUGCUGUACGGUACCCGCAGCCUGGAUCUGUUUGGGCCAGACAGCCAUGACUUCAUCACACGGCGUGUGCCAACCAAUCCAAGCCAAGAGAGCCUGUCUCUGUCCAUCAGUGGCAGUGGCAGUUUGCACAGCUGGAAUCUGGAAACAACAGAGGAGUUAUCAGACCUGACAGCGGACACUGACUUGCCAUGCAUGGACACUAGUGUACCAGAGGAGGAAGGGUUGGAGAAUAUGAAUAUGCAGUCAGAAAACAAAACAGAAGAGCCAAAAAUUGGACACAGGCAGGACGGAAAAAAACAGGAAGAAGUGACAGGAGCAAUAAAUGGGAACCAAGCAGAGGAAACUGAUGAUCAAAAUAAGUUUAAGGAAGUAAAGUUAGAGGAAAAUAUAGAGAAACAAGAUCAGGGAGAGGGUGUAAGUUUAGGGGAGGACCCGGUUAAUGAAAUAUCUGCCAAGAGCGAUGAAGGCUUAAAAGAAAACAAAGAGGAUGAGCAAAACAAGACAGAGGAGGUAAAUGCAGAACCUGAGAUGGAAACACAUGAAAGUGCAAAAGCAAGAGAAGAAGAAAAAGAGAGCCAACUGGAGAAAAAUGAAGAGGUAAGAGGAUCUUUAAGCAAACUUAUAAACCCAAAUCCUCAACAUCCCAACUCUGUGGAAGAAGAGGAAAAUAAAGGUAAGGAGGUCGUUCCAGAUACUACAGUCCCUUCUGGACCUCAGAUUCCUGCUGUUGACCCUAACCCUACAUCAGUCCAAGAAAAAAAGAUUGAAAUAGAAGCAAGAAAACUGGAGCAAGAGGUAAAGCAGACCCCUUCUCCUCCUAAAGUGCUAUCUGCUGCAGCACGCUUUCAGUCUCAAGGAUCCACCCAAAACUUCCAGGUAAAGUCCAAGGUUAAGGCCUUUACCGAACCUGGGAAACCUUGCACUGUGUUCAGAAACAGGGAGAAUGCACAAAUGCCAUGUGACUCAAAUACAUCAGAAACAAACAACCGCACGGAGGAAGCUGAAGAGGAAGAACGACCUCCAGUCAAAGUGUCAGAACUGAAGAAGAGAUUUGAAGCUUAAACGAUGCUGGUUACAUUCUAGCUUUUGUUACUUAAAAUCCAAUUAAAUGGAUACAUUUGGUUUCUCUCUGUAUUUCCCCUGCCUCUCCGUUACUCUUAAUCCCAAGCCCAUUUGGUUUUACUGAAAAUAUAAAUUAUGAAAUAAAAGUCAACAAUGUAGUUUUAUUUAAAAGCUAACCACUGUGAAUUGUAGCAGAUGUUACUCAAGUGAGGGUGAAUGUUGCACUUGGGGAUAAGUUUCAGAUGAACAUUUUGUGCAUUAGUAUUUAUGGAUAUAACAAGCUGCACUGUAUACAAACACAAAGUAAUGAAAAAAAAACAAUGUUCCCAUUUUUUAAGUAGUUUUGGACUUUUUAAAGGCUGUCUCUUUACAAUAACAAAAACAAUACUGCCACACUCUCACAAACUGGCUGUUUUCUUAGUAUGUAAACACAUUUUAUUGCUUGUAUAUUUUAUACUUGGUGAAAUGGUUAAUUACUUAGAAUUAAGACAGCAUGGCUGAAAUAAAUAAGAAGAAAGAAAGAAAAGUAAGUAAGAAAAAUGCAUGAAAAACGUUUUUCCUGUUGCCUGCUGGGAGACCAAUUUGUUACUGAAAGAAAAACAUUUUUCUUCAAAUGUAUGUUUGUGCAAAAAGCAUGCUAUCCAUCAGAUUCUUUAAUAAAAACUGACGCAUUCUGGGUAUUUA